CACACUCGCACUGCGCCCGACGGGAAUGGCGCCCUCGCCAAAAAAGCAACCAAACAAAAACCCAUUGCACGGGCAGGAACUAGGCUGCAGGACCCGCCAAAGGAAAUUUUGUACCAUCUUUGGGUAGGCAGACUUCCCUGACGACGUCGGUGAUACCCAGAGCUGAGCAGAGCGUGGCUUACAAAGACUUUAUUUAUUUCACUGUCUUUGAAGGAAAUGUUCGCAACGUUUCUGAAGUCUCGGUGGAGUAUUUAUGCUCUCAGCCCUGUGUUGUCAAUUUGGAAGCAGUGGUUUCAUCUGAGUUCAGAAGUAGCAUUCCCGUGUACAAGAAAAGGUGGAAGAAUGAGAAACAUCUUCACACCAGCAGGACACAAAUAGUACGUGUGAAAUUUCCAAGCAUCAUGGUUUAUAGAGAUGAUUAUUUCAUCAGACACUCCAUUUCGGUAUCUGUGGUGAUACUACGCGCCUGGAUUACUCACCGACAUAGCGGUGGAGACUUGAAUGUUAAAUGGGAGGAAAACUUGCUACAUGCUGUAGCGAAGAAUUAUACCCUGCUGAAGACCAUCCCACCUUUUGAACGCCCUUUCAAAGAUCAUCAGGUGUGCCUUGAGUGGAACAUGGGUUAUAUUUGGAACCUUCGAGCAAACAAGAUUCCCCAGUGUCCUCUCGAGAAUGAUGUGGUCACCCUCCUGGGCUUUCUCUUUGCCUCCAGCGGAGAAAACACAGGCAUUGUGAAGAAGUUCCCAAGAUUUCGGAAUCGAGAGCUAGAGGCCACCCGACGCCAGCGGAUAGAUUACCCAGUGUUUACUGUUUCACUGUGGCUUUAUUUACUCCAUUAUUGCAAGGCCAAUCUCUGUGGGAUUCUGUAUUUUGUUGAUUCUAACGAGAUGUACGGCACGCCUUCUGUAUUUCUUACUGAAGAGGGCCACUUGCAUAUUCAAAUGCAUCUUGUCAAAGGAGAAGACCUUGCUGUGAAAACGAAAUUCACCAUACCCUUGAAGGAGUGGUUUCGCCUGGAUAUCUCUUUUAAUGGUGGCCAGAUAGUAGUAACCACCAGCACUGGACAGGAUUUGAAAGACUACCAUAAUCAGACCAUUAGCUUCCGAGAGGAUUUCCAUUAUAAUGACACCGCUGGGUACUUCAUUAUUGGAGGGAGCAGGUAUGUGGCCGGCAUUGAAGGGUUUUUUGGACCCCUGAGGUACUAUCGUCUCCAUGCUCUGCACCCUGCACAGAUUUUCAAUCCCCUACUUGAGAAGCAGCUUGCUGAACAUAUCAAGUUAUAUUAUGAAAGGUGUGCAGAGGUUCAAGAAAUAGUAUCUGUGUACACAUCCACGGUACAGCAGGGGGACAGGAGACAAGAAGCAUGCGACCUCCGGAAUUCCUACCUGGACCUGAAGCUCAGGUACGGGCAGCCCUCGAUGUGCAGAGCCCUCCUCUGGGAGAAGGAGCUGAAAGCCAAGCACCGAAGCUUGUUCCAGGCCUUGCUGGAGAUGGGUUUGGUGACAGUGCUGAGGAACCAAAGUGAAUCCUUAUUAGAAAUUGGUGGGCGGAUAUUCGAGAAGGCUGUAAAGAGACUUUCCAUUGUUGAUGGUCUUCACCAAAUUAGCUCUGUCGUCCCCUUUCUGAUGGAUGCCAGCUGCUGUGGAUACCAUAAAGCAUCCUACUACCUCGCAGUCUUUUAUGAAACUGGAUUAAAUGUACCUCGGGAUCAGCUGCAGGGCAUGUUGUAUAGUUUGGUUGGAGGUCAGGGCAGUGAGAGGCUGUCUUCGAUGAACCUUGGGUACAAACACUACCAGGGUAUUGAUCACUACCCCCUGGACUGGGAGUUGUCCUACGCCUACUACAGCAACAUUGCCACCAAGACACCCCUUGACCAGCACACGCUACAAGGAGAUCAGGCAUACGUUGAGACAAUUAGACUAAAAGAUGAUGAAAUUCUCAAGGUACAAACCAAAGAAGAUGGAGACGUCUUCAUGUGGCUGAAGCAUGAAGCUACUCGAGGCAAUGCGGCAGCUCAGCAACGGUUGGCCCAGAUGCUGUUCUGGGGCCAGCAAGGCGUGGCCAAGAACCCGGAAGCGGCUAUUGAGUGGUACGCCAAGGGUGCCCUGGAGACUGAGGACCCCGCGUUAAUAUACGACUAUGCCAUCGUGUUAUUUAAGGGUCAAGGAGUAAAAAAGAACAGACGGCUUGCCUUAGAGCUGAUGAAGAAAGCAGCUUCCAAGGGAUUGCAUCAGGCAGUCAAUGGCCUGGGAUGGUAUUACCACAAAUUCAAGAAAAAUUAUGCCAAAGCAGCUAAGUACUGGUUAAAAGCAGAAGAAAUGGGGAACCCAGAUGCAUCAUACAAUCUUGGAGUCCUGUACUUGGAUGGCAUUUUCCCAGGAGUUCCUGGAAGGAAUCAAACGUUAGCUGGUGAAUAUUUCCAUAAGGCUGCACAAGGCGGACACAUAGAAGGAACCUUGUGGUGUUCUCUCUACUAUAUCACAGGCAACCUGGAGACAUUCCCUCGAGAUCCCGAGAAGGCUGUUGUAUGGACAAAGCAUGUAGCCGAGAAAAAUGGCUACUUGGGCCACGUCAUUCGCAAAGCCCUCAACGCCUACCUGGAGGGCUCGUGGCACGAAGCUUUGCUGUAUUAUGUUUUAGCAGCAGAAACUGGAAUUGAAGUGUCACAGACAAAUUUAGCUCACAUCUGUGAGGAGAGGCCAGACCUGGCCAAGAGGUAUUUGGAUGUUAAUUGUGUUUGGAGAUACUAUAAUUUCUCUGUUUUUCAAAUCGAUGCUCCUUCAUUUGCGUAUUUGAAAAUGGGAGACCUUUACUACUAUGGUCACCAAAACCAAUCACAAGACCUUGAGUUGUCUGUGCAGAUGUAUGCCCAAGCAGCGCUGGAUGGAGACUCACAGGGAUUUUUUAACCUGGCCCUGCUAAUUGAGGAAGGUGCUAUAAUCCCACAUCAUAUUUUGGAUUUCUUGGAAAUUGACCCGACUAUCCAUUCUAAUAACAUCUCCAUCCUCCAAGAACUGUACGAAAGGUGCUGGAGCCACAGCAGCGAGGAGUCCUUCAGCCCCUGCUCCCUGGCCUGGCUUUACCUUAACCUCCGGCUUAUCUGGGGUGCCACCCUGCACUCUGCCCUGAUCUACUUUCUGGGAACCUUCCUGCUGUCUGCAUUGAUCGCCUGGACCGUGCAGUAUUGCCAGUCUGUCUCAGCCAGCAGUUCCCAUCCAACACCAGCCCGGGCCCCCCCAGACCCUACUGCCCCUGCUGCAAGUCCAGCUGUGACUCCAGCUGCAGACGCCUCUGUUCAGGACCAGCCCACCGUCACCAAUAACCCGGAGCCACGUGGGUGAACUGUGUACUCCAUGUCUCUCCAGAUGAGAGAGAAUCCUUUCAACAGCUGGUAUUGGAUAGCUGGGGCUGAGGCAUUAUACACCUUAAAUGUCUUGUCAACUGGAUGUGAAUUUUGCACUUGGUGUCUUUUUUUUUUAAAUCAAA